AUGCCCAACGACGUCCUCUCCCACCUCGCCGUCCACAUCCGGCAAACCGCCACCACGCCGCCCACCCUGGCCCUCGACGUGACCAACAACAGCCCCGACACGAGCCUCACCAUCCUCACCUGGGAAUCCCCCCUCGACCCGGCCGCCCUCCCGCUGGGCCUCUUCGCCAUCACCCCGGACGGCGCGCGCCAGCCCCUCGACAUCCCCACCAUCCAGAUCCGCCGCGUCAUGCCCCCGCCGCGCGACUCCUUCGUCACCCUGAAACCCGGCGAGACGAGGACCCAAGAACACGUGCUGCGUGAGGAGAUCGUGCCGCCCGCGGACCUGGGCCCGAACCCCAAGGUCGCCGUCCGGGGGACGUGGAUGGGCGUCUGGACUAUCCCGGUUGAGGAGUUGACCCCGGGCCGGCUGGAUAAUAUGUAUACCGAUGAGGAGAGACUGUCGGGACCGUUUGAGGCGGGGCCUUUUGAGGUGACGGUUCAUGAAGCUUGA